AUGCGUCUCAGGUCUACUGUGUGGUCUACAACCACCCCGGAGAGAACUCUCGACAAGGAUGUUUUCCUUAGAAGGAUGAAAAGCCAAUGGGACCGAUGGGCCCACGAUACUCUUUCUGAAGAAGAGAGCCGUGCUUGGAGGAACAUUAUCUCCAAGAUCUGCACCACCAACAUCCAGACAAUCGACGACUUGGCUGCGCCAGUAUACUGGGCGGAGGUUACAGCGCUCAAAGUUCUAUUCCCUAAUGAAUUUUUACAGUCUCGCCACGCCGCCAUUGCCCAGAACAAGUUCCCUCGGGCUGAUCUCAACCAGUGGAAGCCUAAUGAGAGAGGUCCCACGGGGCAUCCAAGUUUUAAAAAGAACGAACAUGUCAUCCAGGUGAACCACGACUUGGCCGGGGCAGAUGUGGCUGAGACCCGGCAAAAACGAAUGCGUCGUUCUCGGUCCGUCAGGUCCAAUGAUGGAAGUGAGGAUGAAAGCCGCGUCAAAAGGCGCCGAUUAACUGAUUCCAACUCUGCCAAAGAGGUGACCCCUAAGGCAAGAGUUGUAAAGAAAGAAACGUCCCCUGCCGAGUAUGAAACCGAGAACCCCGACAGCCUCUUAACCGGUUUCGAUGAACGGCUCUCUUCAAUCCGCAAUGAGGCGUCGAAAACAUCCAAGAUCUCUCCACAAGCGAUCAGUGGUCUUCGGCAUGCGCACGAACAAGAGCUAGCGGGACAACAGAAGGCUCACCGCAAAGAAAUCAAGGCGAUGAAGAAGGCCUUUCAGGAGGAAAGCUCAGCACUCCGAGCAGCGUACGAAGGCGCUAUCUCGACCUUUAUCGAAGGGUCUGUCAGCGGGAUGGAGGCGCUCCAGGUGGCGCUCCAAGUGGCACGUCAAGAUAUCUGA